GGAAGCGCUCUUAGCAGAAAAGAGUGGAGCGCGCGUCGCUUGGUCACUCACCGGACGUCUCUCGCCGUCACACCGCAGUAUUGUUUCUGACCGUAACAACAAGAAGAUGCCGCUGGGUGAAGACUGCCAUACCUGGAAAAAGAAGACGUCGGAUGUGAAGGAGCAUUACGACUUCAAAGACAUCCUGGGGACGGGCGCCUUCUCUGAGGUAGUCCUCGCAGAGGAGAAGCGGACUCAAAGACUGGUGGCCAUCAAGUGCAUCCCUAAGAAGGCGUUAGAGGGCAAAGAAAACAGCAUCGAGAACGAGAUAGCAGUGCUGCACAAGAUUAAACAUGCCAACAUUGUGUCUCUGGAAGAAAUAUUUGAGAGCAAAUCGCACCUCUACCUUGUCAUGCAACUGGUGUCUGGUGGGGAGCUGUUUGACCGCAUCAUAGAGAAGGGUUUCUACACAGAAAAAGAUGCCAGUAAGCUCAUUCAGCAGAUUCUGGAUGCUGUCAAAUAUCUCCACGACAUGGGAAUCGUCCACCGAGACCUCAAGCCAGAGAAUCUGCUCUACUACAGCAUGGAUGAGGACUCCAAAAUCAUGAUCAGCGACUUUGGCCUGUCUAAAAUUGAAGGUUCUGGCAGUGUGAUGUCCACGGCCUGUGGAACGCCUGGAUAUGUCGCCCCGGAGGUUUUGGCACAGAAACCCUACAGCAAAGCAGUGGACUGCUGGUCUAUUGGAGUCAUAGCCUACAUUCUGUUGUGUGGUUACCCUCCAUUCUACGACGAGAACGACGCCAAACUCUUUGAGCAGAUCCUGAAAGCAGAAUAUGAGUUUGAUUCUCCUUACUGGGAUGACAUCUCAGAUUCAGCUAAGGACUUCAUAGUCCACCUGAUGGAGAAAGACCCCAACGUACGCUACACUUGUGAGCAGGCCCUGCAGCACCCAUGGAUUGCCGGGGACACAGCAUUGGACAAGAACAUCCAUGAGUCUGUCAGUGCACAAAUCAAGAAGAACUUUGCUAAAAGCAAGUGGAAGCAAGCGUUCAAUGCCACAGCAGUCGUCCGCCACAUGAGGCGUCUUCAGCUCAGCACCAACAACGAAGGGCCCAACCAAGCUAACCUGCCAAGUCCAUGCAGAGCUCAUCUACUGCUGCCAGGAGAGGACGCUCAACAUGCAGAGUCUUGCUGCGAGGCGGGCUGCUCCCAGGCCGUGGACGGGGACAGCGCGGACCCUCUGUCCAACUGUAGCUACCGCUGCCACCCGCCUAGCCGGGUGUGAUCCCUGUGCUGCUUAACUGCCUCAAUGACCCCAGUGAUUUUUUUCCAUUUUUAACCCCCUCGGUGGAACCAGCGGUAGCAACUCCCUCGCCGCCCCCCAUCACGUCUGGUUAAGAAUAUGGCGUCAUUCUGACCUCUCGCCUGCAGGGGGAGCAAGUCUGUUGAGCCUGGGAAGGAAGGAAGGAAGAAAAGGGAAGAUGGUGAUGAUUAUGAUGACUAGUUGUCAGACAGGGCGGGUGGUUUGUGCUAAAGUAAAGAGGGGAAGAUUGUUUAUUUCCAAAGCAGGACAGAGCUGAGACUAUUUUUAAUGCAGCCUGUGCUAUUGUCAUAUUAUAUUUGAAUAUUUGUUCUGUGUAUUUUUGUGCAUGAUCAGGAGAGGAAGUCCCCAAGCAUGUGUUCUUAUCUGUAUAAUACGCCCUCCUUUCUGUUGUUGCAGAGGACGGAGUGCCAUAAGCAAAGCCUUUCGAGGAUGAUUUUGCCGUCUUUUGAAUGUAAGCGAGUCCAAUCUAACAGUACUGCAGAGUGAGCACAGAUCUGUCUAUGAGGACAAUCAGUGACCUUUAUGCAAAACUUCUUCUGUUAGUAUGUAGCCUUUUAUGAAAUGGUGUUUCCAUGCAGCUGUGGAAAAGGCUUCCCCUUCGCUUUCUCUCAACCUCUUUAACCACGUGAGCGCAGGGAUCUUAUCUUCGUCUAUGGUGCCUUUAGUGUAUACAGUAUGACAGGUUUAUUAUAUUUUGGGGGUGGGGAGAGGGGGGGCUUCUUAAGCGUGUCUUGCUGCACAAUCCAUGCAACUGUAACGUCGUGUUUUGUAUUUAUCACAUUUGUAGUUAGGAAUUUGUUGUUUUCCCCUCCAUAGGCUAGUUUGACCUUUUUUUUUUAGCAUAGGCUGAUUUUUAAUGUGAUAAGAUGAAGAAUGAUGUGUGGAUGCAAAAAAAAAAAAAAGUGACUUAUAUGCAUCUGUCGCCGUGUACUGUAAUCAUACCGCCAUCUUUUCCUCUUUCAUCCUUCAACCGUUUCAAAAUAUGCAUCGUUUUCCUUAUUUCCUCAUCACGUUCCUCACUUGUGCUGUGAAGACUCCUGUCAUGUAAAUGGUUAAGUAGCUAAUAAGGCCUUGCGUUGAGAGCAGAGAGAGCUUUAAUGCACAUUUAUUCUACGUUUUCAGUGCUUAAAAAAAACGUGCACCGUAUACACCCGUGGUUCUGAUGUGACAGCGUGCAAAGUCAUUGUGAUAAGUUGCCAUAAGGGUAAAAAGCACUGGAGAGAGCGGCGGUGGAACCUCCAAAGUGGAACACCCGUGAAGGUACAGUUUUAAGUUCAGCCACAAAAAAAAACAAAAACAUCUGAAACGUCAAACAGAACAUCAUUGGUGACAUCAGCCAACCUCAUAAAAGACUUCUUCUAACAGACUACCUAAAGCAGGGGUGUCCAAAGUGCGGCCCGGGGGCCAUUUGCAGCCCGUGGCUGUGAUUUUAUCGGCCCACCACACGGUCUAAAAAUGUAAUUUAAAAAGGAAAAAACACACACAAAAAAAAAAACAGUAGCACAAAUGGGAAAAUCAAUCAAAAGUCAAAAUAUUAAGAGAAGAGUUGUAAUCUAGCAAGGGAAAAAAAAGCCAUAAUUUCACAAGGAUUAAUUAAUAGUAUGAGGAAAAAUGUCAUUUUAGUCGCAUGAAGUUGAAAUAUUAAAGAAAAAAGUUUUUUUAAGUCAAAAACAAUGAAUAAAGUUGAUAUUUUUGGAAGAAGGGGGAAAAUGUAUAACAUGGGAAUAAAGUCUAAAUAUCGGGAGACGAAAAGAAGUUGAAAUAUUUGGAAAACUAUACCAAAAAAAAUCUAUAUCAGAAAUUUUACCACAGUAAAGUCAAAAAAAUAGUUUUCUAAUGAGAAAAAUGUUGCAAUUUGAUGAGAAUGAGCUAAAAUGAGGCAAAAUAUUUUAGUAACAAUGUUGACAUAAAUAAAAAAUACAUUACUGUUAUAAAGGUAUAUGAUGUUAUAAUUACGAGAAGAAAAUUUACAAGAGGAAAGCUGAAGUGAAAUAGUUGGAAAAUUUUAAAAAAUCAAGAAAUGGAAAAAACAGCUGUAAUUUUACAGGAAUAAAGUCAAAAUAUUAGUCAUAAUUGAAUGAAGUACAAAAGUCCCAAUUUUACAAGAAUAAAGUCGUAUAAUUAAGGGGAAAAAAAUGUUUUUGUCGCAUUUCCGCUACAUUACAAAGGUGAAAUGCAGGUUUUUCUUGAGCUACAUGUAGCUUCUUAGCAUAUCUCAAUGUGUUGCUUCACAAAAUUUCAAAGUGGCCCCUGCAUCCUUUCAUUUUUCAGUAUGUGGCCCUCGCUGGAAAAAGUUUGGACACCCCUGAUCUAAAGGAUUACCUGCCUGCACGUGUGUGGUUUUUUUGCCCAACACAUACAAGGCUUCAUAAUUCCAGCAAUACCUAUAAAACACCACUUUUCAGGGUUUCCCAGCGGGAAUUGUUCACAUUCAGUCAGUGUGGUGUUUGCUUAAAUACUCCCAAGUUAAGAUGCAACUAAUUUUCCUUGACAGACUAUGUGGAUAAUCGACAAUUCAUGAAUUUCCCUUGAAUCUCUGUCUGAAUGUUCUGAACUCCUGUGAUCAUACAUACUGAGCAGGAUAAUCCUUUCACAAAUUGCAGCUCAACUCGGCGUAGUUAAUAUUGUGCUCUUUUGACCACAAGCUAGUUGAGACUGAAUCAACAGCGCCUCUGCCCAUCCCUUGCAAGAAUUGCAAUCAGAGGUUUUCAGAAAGCAUCCAUCCAUUAUUUGUGCUGCUUAGGUCGCGGGGGUAUGCUGGAGCCUAUCCCAGCUGACUUUGGGCGAGAGGCGGGGUACACCCUGGACUGGUCGCCAGCCAAUGGCAGGGCACAUAUAGACAAACAACCAUUCACACUCACAUUCAUCCCUAUGGACAAUUUACAGUUCCCAAACGGAGAUUGGAACCUAUCAGAAAGCAACAUUUUAAUAUUAAUAUUUAAAAUUUGAAUAUGUUUUACGGCUGUGUUCUAUUCUACGGUGUCAGCUUGUUGGAAAGUGGGCCAAACCACCUUGAAAACAUUCCUGGUCAAUGAAACAAUUGAUGCUGAUGACGUGUAUAACCGUGUAGCCAUUACCUCACCACUGAACUGGCUGUGGUAGGAAAAUCCUUUUUUUUUUUCUAGUUAGACAUACAAGAUGUUUUUACAAAUAUUUCUGCUUUCAGUUAAAGCAUCAGAUGUGAUUUUUAUUCUUUUCUGUUCUCUUUAUCGAGGGGGAAAGGGGAAAAUAGUGUGAAGUUCGUAUUCUCUGACUUCUGGUUGUGUUUCACUCUUUUCGCUCGUCCAGAAGGAUUUGUCGUACAAAUGAGUGUUUGUACCAUGAAUAUCUUGCCUUUUUCCUUUUGACAGUAUUUUAAACUGUACACACGGACGCAAUGCAUUUUGGGCUGUGGAAAAGUGGCUGUAAGUGAAACAUACAUUAAACUCCUUGUCUAUGCAGUA